AUGAAGGGGCUCUACAACACAACACUGGCCUCGUGCAUAGCAUCAGAAGACGAUAUACUCUAUGAUCCUGGCGAUAGCCAGGAUUUAGAACGAUCUGAAACAAGUCUACACUGUGUCAGAGAUUCGAUAAACAUUGAGACUUAUCGUACUGUGAAUUUGGAUAUCUCGAAUACUUCAAGUUGCGGAUCAUGCCGUCAUACAUGA